CGCACACUCUUGCUGUGCAGCUCCACGCGUUCAGCCUGGAAAGCGACCAAACUUCAGACAACCUGCACUUUUAUUCCACUCUUCAAAUCCUCUUUGUGCUCCACUUUACAUCCGGAUCAGAGGAAGUUAAAACUGAGCGGUUUCCAGUUUGCUUCUGGUGAGUAGGGACCAAAAACCACCACAACGUGAUCCGGAUCCCAGGCUGCAACUUUAUAUUUCCACAUCACUUCUGACUGAAACUUUCACCCUGCGGAGACAGACCACGCAGGACAUGCUAGGGUUUGUGCCUGUCCUAGCCGCCUUUGCGCUGCUCUCGGUGGGCUUCAGGAGCGCGGGGGCUGAGCUGGAGAUGCGGAGCUCCGCCGUGCCCGCGGUGCAGAGAGCUGCAGCUGGGUUGAACAGCUCCGGGGACGAGGUCGGGAGAGCGGGGCGGACCAGCUGCCCUGGCCGCUGCCGGUGUGAGGUGGACGGGCUGCUGCACUGGGUGGACUGUUCGGACCUGGGCCUCCGGGAAAUACCGAGCAACCUGAGCGUCUUCACAUCUUACCUUGAUCUCAGUAUGAAUAAUCUGACUGUGUUAUCCAGUGGAGCUCUGUCCAACCUGCACUUCCUGGAGGAGCUGCGUUUGGCGGGAAAUGAUCUGACCUUCAUCCCCAGAGGAGCGUUCACUGGCCUCUACAACCUCAAAGUGCUGAUGCUUCAAAACAACCAGUUGAGAUCUGUUCCUGCUGAAGCCUUCAACAACCUGCACAACCUGCAGUCACUCCGACUGGACGCCAAUCAUAUCUCUAGUGUUCCCGCUGGCUGUUUCUCCGGCCUGCGUUCACUCCGUCACCUCUGGCUGGAUGAUAACUCUCUGAGGGAGGUCCCAGUGGAGGCGCUGGGCGAGCUCCCUGCCCUGCAGGCCAUGACACUUGCCCUCAACCACAUCAGCCACAUCCCCGACCAUGCCUUCAGCAAGCUGGGCCGCCUGGUGGUGCUGCAUCUCAACAACAAUAGGAUCGUUUCCAUGGGACCGAACUGCUUCCACGGACUCCACAGUUUGGAGACGCUAGAUCUGAACUUCAACAGCCUGGUGGAGUUUCCCACAGCCAUACGAUCACUCAGCCACCUCAAGGAGCUCGGAUUCCAUAGCAACAACAUCCAGUCUAUCCCGGAGCACGCCUUCACUGGGAACCCUUUACUGAACACCAUAUUUUUUUAUGACAACCCAAUUCACUCUGUCGGACGCUCGGCCUUCCAGAACCUACCAGAGCUUCGCAUGCUAUCUCUGAAUGGAGCUGCAGAUCUCACUGAGUUUCCAGAUCUGACGGGAACCAAAAGCCUGGAGAGCCUGACUAUCACCGGAGCUCAAAUCACCUCAUUGCCCAGUUCGGUUUGUGAGCAGCUUCCAAAGCUGCAGCUGCUCGAUCUCUCCUAUAAUCAAAUCCAGACUCUUCCCAGCUUUUCCGGCUGUGAGAGCAUUCGAAAAAUUGAUCUGCAUCACAAUGUGGUAGAAAAACUGGAGGAAAACACAUUCGCUGGUCUGCUAUCACUACGCUCACUUGAUUUGUCCUGGAAUCGACUGUCAUCAGUGAAGCCAAACUCGUUCUCUGCUCUCCCUGCUCUCACCAAACUUGACUUGUCAUCCAAUCAGCUUUCCUCUCUGCCUCUGAGUGGCCUGCAGAGUUUGACUCACCUGCGUCUGGCUGGAAACCAGCAGCUGAUGGAACUAAUAGCCCAAGAGGAUCUGCCUCGAGUCAGGGUGAUGGAGCUUCCCUACGCCUUCCAGUGCUGUGCCUUCAUCUCCUGUGAGCGGAGAGGUGGAGGUGCAGGAGGUUUGUCCUGGGAGAGAGAGGAAGCAAGAGACUCAGCUGGAAGAGAUGCAGCUAUCCUUUCCAGCCAAGUAGAUCAAGAUUGGGAAGAUUUCCUGAUGGAGUUGGAAGAUGAGCCCAAACCCCAACACUCAGUCCACUGCAGCCCGGCACCAGGACCUUUCCGUCCCUGCCUCCACCUGCUCGGCAGCUGGAUGAUCCGUGGUGGGGUUUGGCUUAUCGCAGCAAUCUCAUUGGUCAGCAACAGUCUUGUCGUCCUUUCAGUCUUCUUUUCUCCAGCCACUUCUCUCACUCCCCCCAAACUACUGAUUGGCUUACUUGCCCUGGUGAAUGGCCUGAUGGGAGUGUGGAGCGGCUGGUUGGCGGCAGUGGACGCUUGGACAUUCGGGAGCUUCUGGAGGUACGGGGCAAAGUGGGAGAGCAGCUUCCUGUGUCGACUCAGUGGGUUCCUUUGUGUGUUUGCGUCACAGACCAGCCUCUUCCUCCUUACCGUUGCAGCUCUAGAGCGAUGCGUGGCCACCACUGUAGGACACAGCAAAACUGCUAGCAACAGUGGUCACUCUUCAUCGCCGUUAUCCUUCCGUGUUUCCAUCUGUCUGUGUUUCCUGUUGGGCUUCACUGUCACAAUGCCCUCCCUGGUGGCCGGACACAGCAGCACCUCUCUCUGUUUACCGCUACCUUCCUCAUCAUCAUCGUCGUCCUUAGCCUUCUCCGUGUCUCUGGUGCUCUUCGACUCCCUCUGCUUCCUUCUCAUGACGUUCUCCUACACUCAUCUCUACUGUCGCGCCCACAAGACUCCACCCAGCUCAGAGGAGGAAGCAGCAUUGACGCGACAUGUGGCUUGGCUGCUCUUCUCUGACUGCCUCCUCUACCUCCCUGUUGCCUUCCUUACGUUCUCCUCCCUCCUGCGCCUACCAGCCGCUGGACCAGAGGCAGCAAAGGGGGUUCUGCUGCUUGUUGCCCCACUGCCAGCCUGUGUCAACCCUCUGCUCUACCUCCUCUUCAACCCGCUCGCCAGGGAGGAACUGGCCGCACUGGCCAAAUGCACCUGCAAGGGCGUGGCACUACUGAAGCUACGCAGGCCGAGAAGAGGAGGAGGCGGAGCUGGAGGUCUGAGGCCAUGCACACUGGAUUUAGCGUACGACGAGGAUGCAGAGAAACAGUCAUGUGACUCGACGCAGGUGCUGGUACUUGUCGGAGGUGUCAAAGAAGAAGACGAGGAAGUGGGACAAGGAAAAGCAAAGAGUGACGCACAACAUUUAGCGACACUUCAAUAAACUGAACACAAACACAAAAGGUUUCAAGUCUCACUUGACAAAAGGUAAAUAAGAAAACGUUGUGCCAGCUGGUCACUGCAAUCAAAGAGCCCCUGAUUAGCUGUAACUAACUAUAAAGUAAAGUAUUAUUAAGUGUAACAGAUGACCAAGCCCUGUUUGGAUGGGAUUUCUUCAUGUAGGGAAAUCAGCUGAUUUAGUGUAAUUUUCUGUGAAAAAAAGUGUGUCCCAGGUCCUGUUUUACUUUAUCUGUCCUGUCCUAAUGGGUUUAAAGCAGUGACCAACAUUUAAUACAGUCACAAAUUAUUUUCAGACACACAACCAUGAGAAUAAUGAAAACUGAUGGCUGCAGAAGGCACAUCAAGGCUUUGUCAAGUGAGACAAAACCAACACAAACAUGUACCGUAUGUAUAAUCCACAGCAGACUGACUGACAGGACUGUGAGGCAGCAAAUGUAGCAAAGGAUGGUGAAAGGAAAUGAAGGGUGCUCACCAUGAACUCCCCACCAGUUUCUGUUGUUGUCUACCUUCUCCACCAUCUUUUUUUUUCUCCUGCAGCAAACUGUCCAAGGCAAAGGCAAAACUCUGAAGAAGUACAAAUUAGGAAAAGCAGGAGAAGAUGGGACCUAUGUUUGGUCCGUUAAUCUUAUUGACGAGGACAGACACCCACACACAGAAACACACGCAUUAUCAAGGGUAUAAAUUCAGCAGCUUUUAUUUUGAAAUAUGACACAAUUUACAGCGCAGUGUUACCAAAUGUUGCCCCGCAUGCUUCUGGUAACAGCUCAUGUUUUCGCGGGUGUGUGUGAAAAGUGCAGCGUCCUUGUGAGUGUCGUCACAGUCCAUCCUGAAAACAGGCGUCAGGAGACGGAGAGCUGAAGCUCGUGUUCAACACCUGGGAAAAACAUCACAACUGGUCCUCCAAACGGAGUAAACCAUCUCCUCUCCCAAUCAUGAGUGUUCAAAUUAAACAUGGUCGCAUUAUGAUGUCAGAAUACUGAAUGUAAGAGUGCGAGCAGGACACAAGAUGAGCUUCGGGCUGCAGUAAGGGUCAUCAAAACAUCUAGUGUGAGUUAACAGCUCAUGCAUGAUUCAUAAUAUUCGCACAGUCACUGCAGCUUUAAAGGUUAAUGAUGCUAGUAAAUGAAAGGGGGACACCUGGUGUUUCAGGUGCAACUCGCUCUAGAUUGUGUUCCAGGUGGUAAGUACUUAAAGAUUAAAAGACUUGGGAUCAUAGGAAUAAGAAACAGAAGGUUCAUAUUGAACCAAGUGUCCUGUGGCAAAUGAUUCAGCAUGGAGGAAUGUACCUUUGAGCCCUUAAUCCACCUUAAACAGGCUAAAUCUGUAAAACAUGCUUUCUCUCUCGAUUUAAGCCUUGUCUACUGUCUCCAUUUGACACUUUUAACUCUCCAAAUGGGUUUACAUUAGAAAGAUCCGAUCUCAUGUACCUUCAGUAAUCAGGAGCAUUUACACUUCUUGUUUUGGACUAAGGAAGCAUAAUUUUACCCAGAUGUACAAAAGUAAUUUACUUGAGCAAAAGGAUGCUGCAUGUGUGUGUGUGUGUGUGUGUGUGGGUGUAUGUACAGUAAAUGUGUGUACAUAUUGUUGUAAAUACAAGCUACUGUGACAAUCUUUUUCUUUCUGUGUAGACUGUGAGAAAUCUUUCAUUUUUUAAUGUUUGUUCAUUUUGGCCCAAUGUCAACAUUUGAUUUUCUCUUCAGUUUAAUUUAUACUGUCAUACAUGUGCACCUCAAUGAGCAUUAUUAAGCUGUCAUAGAUUUCAAUCCGUGAAUUCAUCCAUUCUUUUUUUCUUUUCUUGUAAGUAAUUUGAAGUCAGGUUUGCGGUGGCGACAGAUUGACCUCUAAACAUCCACCAGGUCACUGGUGAAACGCUUACUGCUGGCGCUAGGGUUCGGUUGUAGUUUAGCCAAAUGCUAAACAAGCUCACUUAAAGAAACAAGAUGCUGCCUUUCAAAUUAAAUGUUUUACCUUCGUUCACUUCUGUUUCUACGACUUCUGCAGAGGUGAAAAUUCCAAAUAAAAGUGUAGAUGUGAAUCUGAACUUAACCCUAAAUAGUAGACUGUUCACAACAAGUUAAGCACUACAGUCCAGAUGGUCAUUCCCAGGUCUAGAAAGUGGUCUGGUAAAUCAGAAAUGUUGCCUUUAGGCUCAGAUUCCUCUGAACCACAACAGUCCUCUGCAUUAGUCCUCUGUACUCUGCCUCCUGUCAACCUCACACUUCAUUUUACCCUCAUUGUGAAGAUCCAGGGAAACUACUUCCACUGAGGCAACAACUGUCCACUGCUAGCUGUCCCAAAUCAACUGAAUCAAUCAAAAAGAUCUCAUUUGUACUUUGACAUUUACACCAUUCAGUAUCCACUGAGCGGUUUAUUUGGUUCAUUUUCCGUGUUUGGUGUUUCCAUUUCAAGUAAAGUCUGUAACAUUUUGGCCUUACAAUUUUUGUAAUUUAUUUUUUUUCAUCACAUGUUUCUAAGCAAGCCUUUAAAAAUGCUCCUCACCGACCCCAGUUAGCUGAGGUGAAGCCUGGCAGCUACAACCAUCUAUAUGUGUAUCCACCUGCCAAAGAGGCCACACCCAUAGCAGCAGAAACUUAGUAAGCCUUAAUAAAAUUUGAACAGGUGAGUUACAAAAACAUUCUCCCCACUUACAGUUAUUAUGAAGGGGGAAAUUAUCUAUAGAGACCAACAAAAACAUGUUUGUUUCUGCUGUAAAGCUGGACGUGUUAAUGUGGGAGCUUAUGGGGUUUACUCACUGCUAGAGCCUCUAGUGGACAUUAGAGGAACUGCAGAUUUUAGCUUCACCUUUGAGCUUAAGAAGCUGCUACUUGGUUUUAACUUUCAAACAAAUGAAAUGACUGUGUGUAAACUGGGUUUCAGAUAAUGAUAUUUAAAGUAAGUGUGCUGCAUGGUCAUUGUCCACAUCCUGCAUGAUCUGCAUGAGCUUCCACCCAAAUUUAAUGUGAGCUUGAGGGUGAAAAACAAGAUAAAAAAAAAAACAAACAAUCAAUGUGCUGUUUGUGUAAAAAAAAAAAAAAAAAAGAUAUGGGUGGUGUCUCUGGCUCCGCCCACUUUGUUCAGAUAUAGCACCAGAGCAAAUUUAACAAAAAAGAGGAAAAAAGAAAUAAAGAAAAGCAUGACUGUUUGUAUGUGUGCUCUGUGGCAGUUUGACUGCUGCACUUUUCUAUGACCAGCACUUAAAAUAAAUAAAAAUAAAGAAGUUCAUAAGCUUUGUUAAAACCUGAAUGGUUCAAACUUCAUCCUUUCACCUGAUUUCUGGUUAUCUUGUAAACGACUGUAAAAUAUUUGAGUGUCUUUUGUUUUAAUUUGUAAAACUGAGAAUGAAGUUUUAGUUUUGUGACAUGAAUAAAGGUGUGUGGCCUA